AUGUCGGAAUCGGAUCAUAUGGAAAUUACGGUACUCGAACUUAGGCCUGAUGAAGAUGGAGGAAUGAUAAUUGGUCCGUCCAGAUCGAUAAGCGUAGGUGUACAGGAGAAGCUAGGUGAUGUGUUCGAGAGAACACAUGGACAGGUGGGGAUUAAGGCACCCCUCGAAGAUCUAGAAUGGGUAGAAUUUCCUUUUGGAGAACCUAUACCGUCAACAGAUAAAGAAGAGGGAUCAGGUGGCGUACGUGUGCCAGCUACAUUGCAUUCUCAUCAGACACCCGAAUCGUUACGUUGGAAAAGUGGAGUGAGGAUUUAUUAUAAACGUAAAACAGAUAAGAUAGACUAUUUCAAGGCACCGAAAGGCCGAUGA